AAAUGCAAUGCAAACGACUAUAAAAAGAAAAUCAAAUCCUGGAAAUUUCGUUUCAGUCAUCACUCAAUUUGAUUUCAGCUAUUAAAUCCGGUUUGAUUUGGUUUUCGGUUUAACCAAACCAAAAUUCAGGCCUCCUAAUAAAUACCGAAUCCUUCUCCCUCCCUCUCUCUGCCACUACGAAUUUAGCACAUAGCCGGAGCUCCGAUCAUGUCAUCUUGCUCCGACGAAGCGAUUCCCGGCCAACCAAUCGUCCUCGGUUGUGGUCAACUUUGUCUAGAUUACUUAGUCACAGUGGCGUCUUUUCCAAUUCCCGAUCAAAAGAUCCGAGGCACAAGCUUCAAGGUCCAAGGAGGUGGUAACACUGGGAAUGCUUUAACAUGUGUUGCUCGUUUGGGUUUGCCUUGUCGAAUCUUGGCUAAGGUUGCUGAUGAUUCUCACGGGCGAUAUAUGGUAGAAGAACUCGAAUCUAGCGGUGUGGAUACUUCGUUUUGUAUGAGUGCUAAAGAUGGAGCUUCACAUUUUAAUUACGUCAUUGUAGAUAACCAAACGAAUACUCGUACUUGUAUUUACACUCCAGGAUAUCCUCCUUUGCUACCAGAUGACCUUACUGAAUCUCUACUUCUAGAUGUUCUUGAUGGAGUAAGAGUUCUAUAUGUAAAUGGAAGGUCCCGUGAAGCCGAAUUGCUUCUUGCGCAAAAGGCACAUAGCAAGAAUAUACCAAUCUUAAUUAAUGCAGAGAAAAAAAGGACAGGGCUAGAUGAGCUCAUUGACUUAGCUGAUUAUGCUAUUUGUUCUACUAACUUCCCUCAGGAAUGGACAGGGGCACCCUCAUCUCCCAGUGCACUUCUCUCUAUGCUCAUAAGAUUACCAAAGCUAAAAUUUGUGAUCAUGACUUUGGGGGAACACGGUUGUGUGAUGCUUGAGAGAUGUUCCAGUGAGGUUUCAGGGUCAGAAGAAGAGACAGACAUAGAUGAAUUACACGAGUCUCUGAAACAAAGCACAGACUUUACAAGUGUCUUACCGGUCUGCAAUUCAUCGCUAGUGACUAGACUGACAGGGAAUGUUACAGGGAGAUUGGUUAUAGUAACAGCUGAGAAAAUACCUUCAUCGGAACUCAUAGACACAACCGGUGCUGGAGAUGCGUUUACCGGAGCUUUGCUUUAUGGUAUUACGCUUCACUAAAUCGUAGUAAACCAAAUGUAUCUGAACAGAAUCUGACCGACUCCAAUUGUUUACAGGUUUGUGCACAGGCAUGGCUUUAGAGGAAAUGUUGACAUUUGCAUCUCGAGUCGUAAGUUUGCUUCUUCUUCUUUUGUUUAUUCCAGCGCUAUUUUCAAAACGCUAGGCGUUACGCGUUUGAUCAGAAUAGUGAUUGAAGGAAUUGCGUUUGAAAUUUGUGUAGGCUGCUUGCUGCUGCAGAGGUUUAGGAGCUCGAACAAGUCUUCCAUAUCGUACUGAUCCAAACCUUGCAACGUUCUUAGGGACAUGACCGUAAUUUUCUUUGUUUUCUUGACGUAUAAAAUCUCAAAGUCUUCUUGACGUAUAAAAUCUCAAAGUCUUCUUGACGUAUAAAUACGUCUGUAUUUAUUUCGUAUGAAAGUGAAAUAAAAUAAUGUUCC